UGCUGGGCUGGCCGGCGAGCAGAGAUCGCAGCUAAAACGUAGGAGGAGGAGAAGCGGCCUGCAGGCUGGAGAAGCGUCUGUCGGGAAAGCGAGCGGCGGCGGAGCCUUUUUCCUGGGACGAAGGUUUGUCGGCUGCGGCGGCAUCAGCAGCAGCAGCAGCAGCUGUGUCCAAAACCGAAUCGAGGCUUGGGGCUGAAAAUGGCAGAAAAUGGAGAUAGUGAAAAUAUGUCUCAUCUGGAAAAGAAGGUCUGUCAGCAAAUUGAGUAUUAUUUCGGUGAUUACAACCUACCACGAGACAAGUUUCUUAAGGAGAAGAUAAAAUUGGAUAAUGGCUGGGUGACUUUGGAAACAUUAAUCAAAUUUAACAGGUUAAAUCGCCUUACAAAAGACUUUGAUGUAAUAGUAAGGGCAUUAGGAAAAUCAAAGAGCGAACUUAUGGAAGUUAGUGAAGACAAAACAAAAAUCCGAAGAUCUCCAAACAAACCUUUGCCUGAAGUAACUGAACAAUACAGAAAUUCAGUAAAAAGCAGAUCUGUAUAUAUUAAAGGCUUUCCACUAGAUGCGACCCUUGAUGAUGUCAUAGAAUGGCUAGACAGUAAAGGCAAAGUAGAAAGUAUUCAGAUGAGGAAAACACUUCAGAAGAUGUUUAAGGGAUCAAUAUUUGCAAUAUUUGAUAGUGCUGAAUCUGCCAAGGAAUUUGUAGAGACUCCAGACCAAAAGUACAAUGACAAAGAGCUGAUUGUGCUUUUCAAGGAUGAUUACUUUGCAAAGAAGAAGGAAGAGAGAAAACAGAAAAGUUUGGAAGUCAAAGCCAAAGCCAAACAGGAGAAAGAGGAGAAACAGAAACAGGCGGAAGAUGCUGAAAUGAAAUCUCUGGAGGAGAAGCAGGGGUGCUUGCUGAAAUUCUCUGGAGAUCUAGAAGAUCAGACAUGCCGAGAAGACCUCCAUGCAAUUUUCUCUAACCAUGGUGAAAUCAAAUGGAUAGACUUUGUCAGAGGUGCAAAAGAGGGAAUCAUCCUGUUCAAGAGUAGCGCAAAAGAAGCCCUGGAUAAAGCCAAAGAAGCAAAUCAAGGGAGUUUGCAGCUGCGAGGCAAAGAUGUUACAUGGGAGGUGAUUGAAGGAGAAGUGGCAAGGGAAGCACUGAAGAAAAUCAUGGAAGGGCAGCAGGAAUUGUUAAAUAAAAAGAAAGGAAAAGGUCGCAAAGGUAAAGGAAAAGGUGGUAAGGGACCUCAAGGUGCACAGGACAGAAAAGUGAAAUUCCAAGGCAAAAAAACAAAAUUUGAGAGUGAUGAUGAAGAGGAAGGUGAAGACAAUAGUUCAACAGGGCCAGUAAGUCCCAAGAAAAGACCACUGGAAGAGUCUGAGCAAGAAGAGUCUACACCCAAAAAACUAAAAACAGAAAAUGGAGAUGGGGAAGGGGAAUAGUACUUCAAAAAACAUUUUAAUUUUUUAAAAUGAGUUUUAUGUCAUUCCUCCAUUCAUCUUUUUUUCACAACAGAAUCUAAUAAAAUCAACUUCAAUGUCCACCUGCAAAGGACAAAGAAACAAAAUUACACUUGAGAUUCUUUCCUUAGAAUGCUUGCUUAUUUUAACAUGCUAUUUUUUACUAGCUUUAGAAUCAGGCUAAAAGGAAAGGCUCAAAUGGAACCACUCCAAUUCAACUGUGUACAAAAGUUAUAUUUAGUGUAUACCAAAUAAACUUGAGUAUCUUGGGUGUUAGAAUUCAAUGAACUACUGUGUUGAAUUACAAAAGUGGAAUUAUAGCUGUGUCAAAUUGUAUCACUGCCCUGAGUUCCAUGAAACAAGGGUGAGCUAUAAAUGAAAUAAAGCAACUGUUCACAUAAA